AUGGAGAGAUCAUUUGUUUUCUGCUUAGUUUUCAUAUGUUUUUUGGUUCCUGCAACAGUUGCAGACUGGAACAUAUUAAAACAGAAGACACACAAUGGAGUGAAGAUCAGUUUGAAGAAUUAUUGUGAAAGUUGGAGAAUCAACGUUGAGCUGCAUAAUAUUCGAGACUUCCAAGUUGUGCCUGAAGAAUGUACUGAAUACAUUGGUAAAUAUGUUAGAUCUACUCAAUACAGUGUGGACUCGGAAAGGACAACUGAAGAAUGUUUGGUUUAUCUUAGUACUAGCUGCAAUCUGAAGAAAGAUGGUCAAGAUGCUUGGAUUUUUGACAUUGAUGAUACUCUUCUUUCUACAGUUCCUUUCUAUAAGAAUAAUCUGGGAAAGAAAAUAAAUGUGACGGCUUUGGAGGAGUGGAUGAGCAAGGGUAAAGCCCCGGCUCUUGAUUACUCAUUGAGGCUCUUCAAUGAGAUUAAAUCAAGAGGAAUUCAGAUCAUUUUGAUUUCUGGGAGAAGGGAGUAUCUCAGAUCAGCAACAAUCGAUAACCUUGUCAAUGUUGGUUAUUAUGGGUGGACAAGUCUUAUUUUGAGAGAUCCUGCUAAUGAAUUGGCGUCAGUGGCAGAAUACAAGUCUCAAGUGAGAAAACAUUUAACUAGUAAUGGUUAUCGCAUUUGGGGAAUCUUAGGUGACCAAUUCAGUAGCUUUGAGGGGAACCCUAGCGGUAUAAGACCAUUCAAACUUCCAAAUCCAAUGUACUAUAUCGCCUAA